AUGUUAGUUCAUCCUACUGAGGCUUGGGAUGUGUUGAUGGAUGCAUGGGAAAAUGUGAUGGAUUGUGCUGAUGAAAGCUUGUUUGUUGAGUAUGUGAAUAGUCUUCAAUACGCGAGCAAUUCAUGCCCUUUGUUCUUUGAAUAUGUGAAUCAGACUUGGAUUAUUCCGUACAAUACAUACUUUGUAAAGUUCUGGACGAACAAAGCUGAAUAUGCUCAUUGGAGCCUGAAGAAAGUUCUUGGCAAUAGUAUGGGUGAUUUGUGUUCUUGUUGGGAUAAUAUUCAUAACGUCAUUAUCUUACAACACAACAAGAUUAAGGCGUCAUUUGAAAGUAGUUUGUUGCUCACGAGUGACCAUUUUAAAGGCGAUAGAUAUAGAAAACAUAUUGGGUGUGUCUCUCGAUAUGUAUUAGAUCUUAUUGCUAAGGAAUUGGAAAUAGUGCAGCAGAUAGGAUUGGACUCCUCAAAGUGUGGAUGCGUAUUAAGACGUACAUUUGGUGUCCCCUGUGCAUGUGAAUUAGCACGGUAUGAUCCUAGGAUGAUCCCUGUGGGUGAAUUUCAUAUCAUGUGGCGAAGAUUACAUUUCUCAAAUGUUGAAUUAAAUGAAAUCGAGCCCCUAUUAUCCAUUAAAAAUGAGUUGAAACAAGUAGAAGAACGAUUCAAUGAGGUUGACAUUGGCGGUAAAGUCACCAUCAAGCAGAAGUUACUUGACAUUGUUUGUCCUACAUUGACAUCAAUGGUCCCUCCAUUACAUAAAGUCAAGACAAAGGGUGCACAAAAAAGUAAAGUUCAACGAAGAGAAAGGUCUACUACACGGGAUCCAUCAUAUUUUCAGCAUGUGGACGCCUUUCAUUUAACCAUAGAAUCUUCAUCUGUGAGAAGUAAAUUACAAUCAAAGCCAAAAGCAGUGAAGAAAAGGAGAGUUCCAAUGAUAGACCAGUUUCAUUCUACUACUCACCCCUUCAUUGUGGACGUUGUUGAUGUUGUGCUUGAUGGUCACUGUGGAUAUAGAUGCAUUGUUGCGUUGUUGGGACUUGGAGAAGAUUCAUGGCCCCUUAUUAGGAAUGAGUUGUACAAAGAACUCAGUGAAUGGCGUGAUGAAUACGAAAGCCUAGUAGGAGGCUAUGAUAGACUAGAAGAACUAAGGAACUCUUUGUUGGUGCAGUCACUGUCGGCGGCUAACAGGAACAAGUGGAUGACAUUACCAGACAUUGGUUAUGCAAUUGUUAACCGAUAUAACGUUAUCUUAGUGUAUAUGUCAUACUCUCAAAAUUAUACUAUCUUCCCCCUACGUUUCACACCACCUUCUGAUAUAACUCAACAUCGCUUGAUUUGUAUAGGACAUGUUCAUGGAUGUCAUUUUGUACAGGUUAAGCUACAAGAAGGUUGUCCAUUGGCCAUGGUGAAUAUCAUGUCCUCAACUCACUAUUAUCCUGAGGCACGAGCGUGGUCAUCUAUUUAUACUAGUAGAAUGCAAGCAUUUGCACAGUUGAUGGGUGUAACAACAUCUUAUGUUGACUUAGGUGAUUCGUGA